AUGCCUCAAAAAUUGCGGCCCAACAAUGGCAACCCCCACAGUUUGGGUCGUAGGGCCGGAUUCCGAGUGAGGGAAGCUGUUCAUGAACUUUUGCGGCAUGCCCCCGCGGUUCAUGUUGUCUUAUUGAUCUUCCUGUCCAUAACAAUAUGUGGGCGAAUACACCUUCUUGAUCAACGUUUAAAAAAAGCCGAGGGCGAACUCUUCUACAUUCGAGUACACACAACAUCUCAACCUUGCACCAGCGUCUGGGCCUCCUCGGAGGGUUUCCAAUCCAAGCAGCGAGACGCGUCCAAUGAUCCAGAGACAGUGAAGAUAGCAGACAGUCACCAUCCCUCCAGCAUCAUACCAACAUUUGUGGAAAAUAAUUCUCACCACAAUGACGUAGCUUCUGAUGACAGGCUCCAAGAUGUACACUCGGAAAAAGAUAGCUUUCAGGCUUGGCCGGAAGACAUAAUAGGCGAUGUCGAGAAAGGCCUCCAAACAACCACGCAGGAAGAUUCGUACCAAGUGCAAACCGGGUUACCAACAAGCUAUAUGGCGCGAGAAGCUUUCAAGCAGUGCAUCAAGGAUCGGGAUGGUCUCAGAGACUUUGCUUUCAUGCACACCGGUGGAUAUGUGAUUCGAUCCUUAACUUCGGAAUCUCAUAUUCGCUCUAGUAAGACUUGGAGAAGCCAUCUUCCUUGGUCGAAAACGCCAGGCGCAUCCAUAAUGAAUUCGGAGACACCCGGAACUGCGCUGAGUGGCGAUGGUACAGCCGGUAACUGUUGGGCUUUCCGUGGAUCAGUAGGACAGCUUGGAAUAGGGCUCAGUAGUAAAAUCGAUAUCACCGCCUUAUCGAUUGAGCACAUCGGGGCGCAAUUAGCGCAAGAUGACAUCACAUCUGCACCGAGAGAAUUCAAACUUUGGGGAGUUAGUGAUGACGAGGAUACAGUAGCCGGCAAAACACCAUUGUUCAAAGGGGUAUACAGCAUCUCCAGCCCCAGUUCAACUUUACAAAUGUUUGAACUCAACAAAUCACAUAAGUUGCUCUUCAGCAAGGUAUUGUUUAAAGUCAUCUCGAACUAUGGUCAUCCCGUGUUUACUUGCCUUUAUCGUGUGAGAAUACAUGGCCAGCCAAUUUUUUGA